CUAGCCAAGCCCGCCGCUUUUUCUCAUCUCGGUCUGCGUCUUUCUUUUGUUUUUCCCGAGGGUUUUGAACUUCUGGAACCAGAGAAGAGGUCGGAAUUUCUCUAGAAAAUGUCUUAUUUGGGAAGAGUGAAGGGAGUUCUGGAGAUCUCCAAGUUUGGGCUGUAUGUGAGCAUUCCGAUCUUUCUUAUGUGUACUUUGGCCAACAAUACCGAAAAUAUCCAGAAAUUCAUGGGAAAUCGUUGUUAUAUAGUUUAUCCCCCGGAGGCACCAAGGCCUCAAUCACCAGAAGAGUUAAGAGAGAUGGCACGAGAAUUUGCUCGGAAGAAGAACAUUAACUAAUUCUAAGGGCUAAUUAGCCGCAAGGAGUGGUGGAAUUCUUAGGUCUAGAUGGCUGGAGGAUUUGGUGGGAUUUCUUUAGAAUGACACGCAGAGUGAUGUACAAUUGGCUGCCGCUUGGCUAUUGAUUAGUGCCAUUAAGCCCUGUGUUGGAGGAGCUCUUUUGGUCAAGAGCAGUGGUAGAAUACUAUGGAAAAACGGUUAGGUUACUUCUUGUUGGAAUGACUGGCUGGAGACUUCACGAGGAUGCCAAACCCGUAACGGGAGGAAGGCUGCAACAGUCUUCUCUCGCCCCUUGAAUGGUAUUCAAAAUCAUCAAUGAUUCUUCCUGGAUUAUUUGGGUGAAGACGCAUAUAACUGGGUAGAAAUGGUAUGCCUCUACUUAGCUGUUAAUCUUUUUUAUAUUUAGUUUAUUAGAAUCGUCAGUAUAAACAUCACUGACACAGUUCAUUGUAGCAUUUAUACAAAUGCUACUUGCAUGUAUAUAUGUAACGCACAACAACUCCAUUGCCAUUUUUAAGUUGAUAGAAAGUUUGGUUUAGGGUUUAGGUAUUGUUUC